CCACUCCACUCACACUCGCUUCCACCACUCGCAAUCGCUUCGACCAGACGCACUCGCUUCCAACCCUCACUUGCUAUCCACACCAGCACCAACCACCCCCCUCCCCUACACAUACAUACACACACACACACCGCGGAUCAUGCACUCGACAAAGAAGCGCCGUCGCAACAGUCGCGGACGCCGUCGCGGGCCUGCGACGCCAGCAGCACACAAGGCGCGGCAAAUUCGUCUUGCACGCCGCUCCACAAAGUCGCCAUCGCCCAUCCCGCCACCAAGCCCAUCCUCCAUGGACACCAUCACGGGACCAAGCGACAGCCGGUCCAACAGCGUUGCUGUUGCUGAUCGUGGUGGUGCUGACACCGCCACAAUCACAGCUGUUCCCCGUGUCAUGACGCCGACCCUGCUUCGCAAAGACAGCCUUUUCCACCACACGUCCUCAUCCGCACAAGGCCGCAAGCCCACCAUCUGGAUCUCCGCCCUGCAACACAUCGCCAUGGUUCGCGAUGGCAUCCUGGACACCAUUCUCCCUGUGAGGCGGGAGUACCGCCGUGUUGCAGCGGAGCUCGCGGAGAAAGAGGACUUGCUCUCAGAGGUGACGGCACACAAUGAGCGCCUGCAAGGUCUUCUGGUUGACGCGCUUGCAAACCAGCGGGAAGACGUGCCCACAACAGAUACGGGCGUGCAGACAGAUGAGCGGCUGCUGCGGACAGCGCUGGCAAAGCCGCGACGCACGCGCUCACAUGCAACGCAGACACACACGGUGAAGAAGGCCACGCAAGCCACGCAGACAGCAGCAGUCCAGAAGGCGGCCACAACAACGCCGCGGAGGGGCCGGUACAACGUCAUUCCAGCCCCCGUCUUCCAACCAACCAAGACGGCGUCCACGCAGACCAUUUCGCAAUCACGCGACACGCGCUCAUACAAGGAGGCGGUGACGCACAGAGUCGAUGAACCGCUGCCUGCGCCAUUGCCAGCGACAGCAACAGCAGCAGUAGCAACCAUCACCACCACCACUUCUCGUGGUACAGGCAUGUCACCGCAGCCCACAGUUGCACCGACAACCACAGUUGCACCAGUGCCCCCGCCACCUGCCCCUCCGCUUCCCCCUACCACAACAGCUACGGUAGCACUAGCUGCACCACCGCCACCCCCACCCAUGCCGCUGAAGCUGCCGACACUCCAGCCGAGUACACCGACACAGAUUAAGCGGUCGGCAAGCAAGGUCAAGGUGGCUGGCAGCCCCCUCAAGAAGCGGGGUGUGCUCCGGCCUCUGAACUUCUCACGGGACCAGCUCACCUCUGCGCGUCUCAAACCGGUGACCAAGACCGAGACGCCCUCGCCAAUGAAGGUUCCUUGCAUCGAAGCCAGCGCCGUGCAGCGGGCGCGGCUCGGCCUCCGCAAGACGACUGGUGAUCGGUCUCCGGGCGGAACCCCGCGCAAACACGCGAGCACUGGCGGCGGCACAGGCAUCCUGCCCUCUCUCUACGCCGCGCUGGUGGAGAAGUUCCGCAACGUCCGCUCGCCAUCAUCACGCGAUAGUUCGACGGCGGCGUCACCAGCAUGAAGCAUUAGGGCAGCAGGACAUGUUGGCAUGUGCUCGGCUCGUGGAUCCCUUCUGGAAGCUCGUCUGUUCUUUCAUGUGCAACAUGGUGCAUCACACACAUCACACACACACACACACACACACACACACACAAUUGUCACCAGAAAACCGUAACCGUGGUCCAAGUAAACGUGAG